AACGAACAGAUCAUGAUACCAAAAGUUGCCUUCUCUCUCUAGACGCAUGUUUUAGGAACAUGCUUCCCUGUGUGAGUAAACCAAGUUUCAUCCUGAAAUUGUAACAUCUCGUAAAAUGCCAUGAAUAAGUGUUCAUUUCUAGAUUAUAUUUCCAAAGUGACUCUCUCCGGUUUUCCAAUAUAUCUGAGUACAAAGUGUAUUGGAAAAUGUCAUGCGGUGAAAGAAACUUCUUAAAAGAACGCGAAUUACCGAACAGAAAAACCUCGUGUAUUCGAGGUAUGUAAACCUCAUUUAGACAGAAGCAUGAAAUAAAUCUGCAUUUGCUUCUUAUUGCAGGAUGUGAUGUUAUCAUAAUGUGAGGUUACAAUAAAUGAUUUGCUGACAACUCCAGUUUCAUUGUUACAUAUGCUUGACAAAUGUUCUGUGUAUUUAUCUUUGUAUGCCGCGUGCAAUAAGUCAUUUAGACUAAAGAAUUAUUUAAACAAUUGUAUAGUUAUUGCCAUAGGAAACAAACCUCAUGUGUCAGGUAUGCAAGAAGUCAUUUAGACAGUAUGGUUUUUUAUACAGACAUCUGCAUAUACAUACAGGAGAAAAUAACUUGUGUGUAAGGCAUGUAAGAAUUCAUUUGGACGAAAGAGCACCUUAAACAUGAAUAUUUUUAUACAUGCAGGAAAGAAACCUUAUGUGUGUGUGAUAUGUAAUAAGUCAUUUGCUUUGAAAGGUCAUUUAAAUAAACAUAUGCUACUUCACACAGGAGAGAGACCUCAUGUGUGUGAGGUAUGUAACAUGUCAUUUUCUCAAAAAUGUCGUUUAAACAGACAUAUACUUAUUCAUACAGGAAGGAAACCUUAUGUGUGUGAGGCAUGUGCAAAGUCAUUUACUCAAAAGUCUGAUUUAAAGAAGCAUAUACUUAAUCACACAGGAGAGAAACCUCAUGUGUGUGAGGCAUGUGCAAAGUCAUUUACUCAAAAAUCUGAUUUAAAAAAGCAUAUACUUAAUCACACAGGAGAGAAACCUCAUGUGUGUGAGGCAUGUGCAAAGUCAUUUACUCAAAAAUCUGAUUUAAAGAAGCAUAUACUUAAUCACACAGGAGAGAAACCUCAUGUGUGUGAGGUAUGUAACAAGUCAUUUGCUCAAAAUUGUGAUUUAAACAGACAUAUAAUUAUUCAUACAGGAAAGAAACCUUAUGUGUGUGUGAUAUGUAAUAAGUCAUUUGCUGGAAAAGGUGAUUUAAAGAAGCAUAUGCUACUUCACACAGGAGAGAGACCUCAUGUGUGUGAGGUAUGUAACAAGUCAUUUGCUCUAAAAGGUCAUUUAAACAGGCAUAUGCUACUUCACACAGGAGAGAGACCUCAUGUGUGUGAGGUAUGUAGCAAGUCAUUUGCUGUAAAAGAUCAUUUAAACAGGCAUAUGCUACUUCACACAGGAGAGAAACCUCAUGUGUGUGAGGUAUGUAACAAGUCAUUUUCUCGAAAAAGUCAUUUAAACAGGCAUAUGCUACUUCACACAGAAGAGAGGCCUCAUGUGUGUGAGGUAUGUAACAUGUCAUAUGCUCAAAUAAGUAAUUUAAAGAGGCAUAUGCUACUUCACACAGAAGAGAGACCUCAUGUGUGUGAAGUAUGUAACAUGUCAUUUGCUCGAAAAAGUAAUUUAAACAGUCAUAUCCUAGUUCAUACAGGAAAGAGACCUCAUGUGUGUGAGGUAUGUAGUAAGUCAUUUGCUCAAAAAUGUGAUUUAAACAGACAUAUACUUAUUCACGCAGGAAAGAAACCUCAUGUGUGUGAGGUAUGUGCAAAGUCAUUUACUCAAAAAUCUGAUUUAAACAGACAUAUACGUAUUCAUACAGGAGAGAAACCUCAUGUGUGUGAAGUAUGUAACAUGUCAUUUGCUCAAAAAUGUCAUUUAAAUGAGCGUAUGCUACUUCACACAGGACAGAAACCUCAUGUGUGUGAAAGUCCUUUACUGAAAAAUCUAAUUUAAAAAAGCAUCUACUUAUUCACACCAGAGGGAAAUUCCAUAAGGUACAUGUGUAACCACUUGGUAUAUAGAAAAAUUCGAACUCUCAUGUCAAACAUAAGAAGGUUAAUGUUUUUUGCGGAAAAUUUAGGUUAAUGAGAACCUUUGUUUAUGUGUGCAAUAAAGACCUGUCCAUGCUAUAAAGAAAUGUCUUUGGUGUGUUCAACUUGUCAUUUCAUAUUCAAUUCUAAAUGAAUCAUUUGUUUGUUUCCACAAGAGAAAAACCUGAUGAUUGCAAGAUAAGUCGCAAGUAAUAUUACACUGCUCCUGAUUUAAAGCAACAUUUUCUUUUAUCAAUGAGUAAUGAAAGUUUAAAACAGCAUAUUUGAAAAUUGAAAAGUUAGACACUGAUUAUACUGUUCUGAAUAAGAAAUUUGGUUAAUCUUUGGAUUAUGGUAACUGGGUGAAAAUUUGGCGACUAACUCUGCUACAGCAACCCUCUACUUUUUUUUUCGCUGGCCAAUUUCUCUUCACGAAGUAAAGACCUGUUUCUUUUCUUUUUAUUUACUCAACACUUUUCCAACAAUCUGCUAGCCGAAUUACACUUAUGCUAGAAAUUUUAUGGAACAAAACUGCUUAAUCAUGACAUAUAUUAACUGCAAAAUUGGGGAAAAGUGCAGAAUCGCAAACUCCUUGCCACGUUUUUCGCAAUCGCACAUAGACAGUAACCAUGUACAUGUCGACUUAUUUUUACUUAGAAAAACAUCCCAGAAUUGCACAAAAAUGGCAUUGUGCACAUUCUUGACUUUAUCCAUCUACACUGCUAUUUUCUCAUAAAUUACAAAAAUUU